AUGGCGGCCUCUGCUCUCGUAAAUCCUUCGAGGCCGCUCCACGACCUCGCCCCGGAAUCUCAUCUCCCUCCGAAUGUUCUCCGGAGGCCGCCGCCCGGAUGCCUCAGAAUCUCGUCCUCCUCCGCCUCCGCCUCCGCCUCGGGGAAGAUCCCCCACCGUCGUAGCAGCUCGUCGAGGAAGCCUUCGGCGGCGGCGGCGAACGCCGAUUCCUUGCCCAUCUCAGCGGCGCCUUCGAACCCGAGCAUAGGGAUAUGCCGACUCUGCCUCCACGGGGACCUGGAGCAGGCCCUCCUCGUCCUGGAGUCUGCGGAGCCGCUGCAGCUGGAGGAGGACGCCUACCUCUCCCUCCUCCGGCUCUGCGAGUGGGAGCGGGCGGCAGAUAAUGGCUACCGUGUUUACUCUCACCUGAGCAAGGCAGGUCUGCGUCUCAGCGUUCGACUUGGGAAUGCCCUCCUUGGUAUGUUCGUGAGGUUCGGCGACCUUCUGGAGGCGUGGAUUGUCUUCGGGAAGAUGACGGAUAGGGAUAUCUUCUCCUGGAAUGUUAUGGUGGGGGGCUAUGCCAAGUCGGGCUUCUUCGAGGAGGCCUUGGAUAUGUACCACCGGAUGCUGUGGGCGGGCAUCCGCCCCGAUGUCUACACCUUCCCCUGCGUUCUCAGGACCUGCGCCGCUGCCACCGACAUCGCGAGGGGCAAGGAAGUCCACGUCCACGUUGUUCGGUUUGGUUUCGAGUCGGACAUCGACGUGCUGAAUGCUCUGAUCACCAUGUACGCGAAGUGCGGGGAUGUCGCCGCUGCCCGCAAGGUGUUCGACACAAUGCCGAACAAGGAUGUAAUUUCCUGGAACGCCAUGAUGGCGGGAUACUUCGAGAAUGGCGAGUGCUUCCGAGGGCUUGAAUUGUUCUUAGCUAUGCGGGAGCUCUCUGUCGCGCCGGAUUUGAUGACGACCACCAGCCUGAUAUCCGCUUCCGACGUUCUGGGCGACUGCGAACUGGGGAAACAGAUCCAUGGUUAUGUGAUCAAGACGGAGAUGGUGGUCGAAACAUCAGUGUCCAAUUCGUUGAUUCAAAUGUAUUUUGGCCUCGGGAGCCAGGGUGAAGCAGAGACGAUCUUCUUGCACACGGGUUCCAGAGAUUUGGUAACGUGGACGACGAUGAUAUCGGGCUAUGAGAAGAAUGGUCUCCCCGAUCAAGCUCUGCAAAUGUUCGAGAAGCUGAAGUCGACGGACGUGGCCAUGGACGAGGUAACAAUAGCCAGUGCUCUCUCCGCCUGCGCUUCUCUUGGUCGUCUAGAGACCGGCCUCGAGCUGCAUGAGCUCGCAAGAGCCAACGAGCUCCUGCCCUACACCACCGUCGGGAACUCGCUCAUUGCCAUGUACUCCAAAGCCGGGCGCCUGGAGAAAGCCGUGGAGGUCUUCAGAAGCAUGCUCGACAGGGACGUGAUAUCAUGGAGCUCCCUGAUCUCGGGCUUUCGGAGCAACCGCCGGAGCUUUGAGGCGUUGAAGUUCUUCAGGCAGAUGCAGACGUACACGAAGCCCAACGUCGUCACCUUCGUCGUCGCCCUCGCAGCCUGCUCUGAGAUCGGCGCGCUGAUGUGCGGGAAGGAGAUCCACGCGCAGGUGCUGAGGAACGGGUUGUGGUUCCAGGGGUUCCUGCCGAACGCCCUUCUGGACUUCUACGUGAAAUGCGGGCGGACGGAGUACGCCCAGAUGCAGUUCAACGCUCACGAAGGGAAGGAUGUUGCCUCCUGGAACAUAAUGCUGAAUGGCUACGCGAGGCGGGGAUAUGGCGACUUCGCCGUCGCUCUCUUCCACCGGAUGGAAGAGCAAGGAGUUCUCCCCGACGAAGUGACCUUUAUCUCCCUCCUGCUGGCCUGCAGCCGUUCGGGCGUGGUGAGCCGAGGUCAGAUGUUCUUCAACCUGAUGAGCCAGAAGUAUGGCAUCACUCCAAAUGUGAAGCACUACGCCUGCAUGGUGGAUCUGCUGGGACGCGCGGGGCGUCUUCCGGAGGCUCACCGACUCAUACAGGAGAUGCCCAUCGAGCCCGACGCCGCCGUCUGGGGAGCUCUGCUGAACGGGUGCCGAAUCCACAAGGAGGUAGAGCUUGGGGAGGUCGCAGCCAGGCACAUCUUCGAGAUGGAUUCGAAGAGCGUGGGAUACUAUGUGCUUCUCUGCAACUUGUACGCCGACGGCGGCCGGUGGAACGAUGUGGCGAGGGUGAGGAGCGUGAUGAGGGAGAGGGGGCUGGUGGUGGAUCCGGGCUGCAGCUGGGUGGAAGUCAAAGGGACGGUCCACGCGUUCCUCAGCGCCGACCGGUCGCAUCCGCAGAUAAAGCAGAUCAAUGCGGUCUUAGAUGGAUUCUACGAGAGGAUGGAGGCGAUGGGGUUGAGCCCGCCCGAUGACAGUUUCCAAGACGACGUUGAAGCUUCCAAAGCAGAUAUCUUCUGCGGUCACAGUGAGAGGCUCGCCGUCGUCUUCGGGCUCAUCAGCACCACGCCAGGCACCCCCAUCUGGGUCACGAAGAACUUGUACAUGUGCGGAAGCUGCCACGCCACCAUUAAAUCCAUCUCGAAAAUGGUCCGGCGGGAGAUCAUCGUCAGAGACACGGAGCAGUUUCAUCAUUUCAGAGAAGGCAGAUGCUCCUGCGGAGACGAGGGGUACUGGGUGAGAACUCGAUAA